AUGGAACGCAUACAGAGAGGAGACGAAGGUGGUGAACGAGGCGACAUCUUUUCCAACCUUCUCCACGCGAAACAACUGGAAACUGGAGAGCCAUACAAUCAGCGCGAGUUGAUGGGCGAAGCGAUUCUCCUCCUUGUGGCAGGUUCUGAUACGACUUCUACUGCAUUGACAGUGAUCAUCUGGCAUCAUAUGGCAAACCCAGAAACUUUGCAGAAGUUGACCAGUGAAAUCUGUGGAACAUUCAGCUCCGUUGAAGCCACAACCUACCACAUGAGAUCGGAUCUCUUCACGUAUAUCAAGCUUAAACUGUCAUUCACCAACCCCGAGAUGGAGUUACAGGAUGGAUUCGAUGUUGAAGAUACGUUUGUUGCACUAAAACCCAAGGUCCGGGUACAAGUGGCAAAGGUCUGA